AUCAAGAUUGGUGAGAACAUACUGUGGCUGAUGGGACAAUCAAACCACUGCCCUACAUGUCUCUUCGCCUUGGGCCCUACUGAGUUGUCCAUUAUCAACCCCAAGGCAAUUAUGCUAACUCGCUCGAAUCGCCCCCACCCUGCACCAAAGGCCCGUGGUACGGCGUCCUCUAUCCCAUGUACUCCUUGCAGCUUGUCCGAGACAAGUAGGAGAAUGCUCAGCGCCGCGAGGCUUGGGAUCGGGGGUUCAGCUCCAAAGGUAACACUCCUCGGUCAUGGAAACGCCGUUCCAGUCGGAAUGUGA